AUGAGAUUCCUCACUAUUGCCGCUGGCCUGCUAUCGACAAGUUGCAGUAUAGUAGCUUGCGCGGCCCAGUCCAGCAACAGCAAUGCACAAACAAUCCUCUCCAAAGACUUCAAACCGCCGCAGGUUUUCAAGAAUACGAACUUAGUGCGAAACACCAAUUUGGAGAAAGGAUACGUCCGUGAAACGAUCAAUGUGGUGGUGGAGAAUACAGACAAGAAGCCGCAGAGCGAGUACUAUGUGCCCUUUCCAGCUGACGUGUUCAGCCACAUUGGAGGAUUUGAAGUGCGCAAUAAGAAGUCUCCUGAGAAAGGAAGCUUUGCAGUGAUAGCUGUAGGGAUUGAUGGUGACAGCAGCUCUCAGUUCUACAAAAUCCAAUUCCCUGAGCCCCUUUCGCCUUCCUCCCAAACUACACUCAGCAUCUCAUACUACGUGCUGAACUCUUUCAGCCCUCUGCCCAAGUCUAUUGGACAGUCGGACUCGCAAUUCUUGACUUACACCCUCAAUGCCUACGCGCCAUCUGCCUACGAGGUCGCGACACAAAAGACCAAAGUCAAGUUCCCCAGUGCGAAUAUUCCCGAUUAUACCACCACGAAAUUGAAGACUGGAAACGACCCAGAGAAGCAAGGAAGUGCUUUGACGUAUGGACCCUACACCAAAGUCGCACCAGGUGCCACGUAUCCGCUUACCUUCCGUUUUGAAUCUACAAAGCCCGUCCUUGCCAGCUCUCUCUUGGAGCGCGACAUCGAAGUUUCUCACUGGGGAGGCAAUUUGGCCGUAGAGGAGCGCUACUGGCUUCGGAAUGACGGUGCAAACUUGUCCAAGAACUUUGAUCGUGUCGAAUGGGCUCGUCAGUCAUACGGCUUAAGUGCAAGCUCCGCAUUACAAGAGCUCAAAUAUCCGCUUAAGCCCGGAUCGGUUGAUCCUUAUUUCACUGACGAUGUUGGCAAUGUGUCUACAAGUCGCUACCGCCCUGGAAACCCAGGUCGCGAAGCUCAUCUUGAGCUGAAGCCUCGGUACCCAGUCUUCGGUGGCUGGAAGUACAGUUUCCGUGUGGGAUGGAACAAUGGUCUUGCCUCUUUCUUGCGCAAAGUCGGCGCCGAUUCGUACGUUCUCAAGGUGCCAUUCAUCGAGGGACCCAAGGUUGCCGAAGGUAUUCAGUACGAUCAAGUCGUUGUCCGUGUAAUCUUGCCCGAGGGAGCAACAGAUAUCAAGUAUGAAAUUUUAGACGGCGAUGCGCCGAAUGGCCUUCCGGGUUCGUCGCAUAUUCAGUCUAGUAUUUCAAAGCAUCGUACAUAUAUGGACACGAUUGGCCGGUCGUCGUUGACCCUCAAGGUUGAUAAUUUGUCAGAUGAGGCGAGGGAUUCUCAAUUACUGGUCACAUACACCUACCCCUUUGCAGCUGGGCUUCGCAAGCCUCUAAUUAUUGCUGCGGGUCUUUUCAGCAUCUUUGUGGGUGUGUGGUUCAUUGGAAGUUUAGAUGUGAGCAUCAAGAAGCGGUAA